UGUGUCAUCAUUUGCUCACCCUCAUGCUGUUCCAAACCUGUAUGACUUUCUUAUAUGAAAUAUAAAUGUUGUUAGUCAGAAUGUUAGCGUUCACUUCCAUUGCAUCUUUUUCCUUACAAUGAACGUGAAUGGUGACUGUCGCUGUCAUUCUGCCUAACAUCUCCUUAUUGUGAGGACUAUUCAGUGAACUCACGGCUUCGUUUACUUUUUAUUGUGUUAAAAUAACGGAUUUUGUGUCAUAAAAAUACUGUACAUUACAGCGGGGUGUGAAAGUGAGCGCUAGUAGGAUGGAUCAAUAAAAGAAGCGACCCAUACGGACGCCAUAUUGACCAAAACAAAAUGGCAGAACAAGAGAAUAGUUGACAAAGUCUGCAGGCUUCCGUUGACAGAUGUCUUCUCGUGACACGAUAAAUCCGCAACAACGACUAUUAGAUCUGCUCCGGUGCUUGCGGCGGUGGCCACUCUUCUGAAUUACUAUGAUCAAGUUCAUACUUAUGGUCAACAAACAGGGGCAGACUCGCCUAUCCAAGUAUUAUGAACAAGUGGAGCUUGGGAAGAGAGCAGCUCUGGAAGCUGAUGUGGUCAGGGGAUGCCUCGCGCGGAGGAAGGAAGAGUGUUCAUUUGUGGAGUAUAAGGACUACAAACUGGUCUAUCGACAGUACGCAGCACUUUUCAUAGUUGUUGGCAUCACUGAAAAUGAGAAUGAGCUCUCAAUCUAUGAGCUUGUGCACAACUUUGUAGAGGUGUUAGACAAGUAUUUCAGUCGUGUGAGUGAGCUGGAUGUAUCCUUUAUAAGUGUAAUUACACAUGAAGUAUUAUUGACCAAACUUGACUAUGAUUGUGUCUUCAGUGAUGCGUGUAUUUAUAUGAGGGUUUCUUUCCUUAAUGCACAAUCAGAUCAUGUUCAGUUUAGAUAAAGUACACAUUAUACUUGAUGAAAUGAUCCUGAAUGGACACAUUGUGGAGACAAAUAAGAACCGGAUACUGGCACCACUACUGGCCCUGGACAAGAUGGCUGAAAGCUGAUCCAAUGCAAAUGAGAUCUCAAUCUGUUACAAAUUCUAAAUAAAUGUUUCUCGCUAGUCUAAACUUUCAUCUUCCAUUCUUCUACAAAAUUUUGAUGUGACCUGUAAUAAUCCCAAUGCAUUGUCAAAGAUGUCAGUUCCUCCUAAAUACGGAACAAGAAAAUCCCCAGAACUAAAUACAACGAAAUGUGAAUCACAUUCAGGAACAGAAAUGUCAGUUCAUCAUCAGCAAGAAAAAGCAAACAAGACAGUGUUGAUACUUUGCAAACAUUUUAAUGAUUAUUUUUGGAGCAUACACAUUUGAAAAUAUUUGUUUACUUCAAACUGCAACUUGAGUUAAAUAAAUGUUUAUAAUAUACAAAGAAAAUACAAGGGAAAGCACAGCUCGCUUUUUGCUUUGUCUUUUUUCUUUUUUUAAAUGUGCCUUGCACACAGAACCAGUGUUUCUGUAUCUAUAGCUUUAUUGUAAAAUUACACAAAUGCACUCAGGGACUUUGAUCCUUUAGCAGGGCAAUGAACAGUUGAAAACAUACUCACACAGUAACGGAAGCAAAAAAGAAAAGCAUGUGCAUGAUUGUAUGCAGACAGAUUUAAGUAAAACAAAUGAAAAAAAAAAAAAUCCUAAUAUUUCAACAAUGCAGGCACUAGUAAAACUUAAAACCUGUUAAGGAAAUGCCCAAACACUCUAUAGUUAGCUCUACAGAAGCAGGUGUGCUUGUGUCCAGGGUCUGACGCUGCAGAUGGUGAUAUCUGGGUCUGAAAAAGAUGAUCUAUGCCAAAAUUUACACUGGACCUGGAGAAAUGACAGUAAACACAGUAGGUGAGGAGAGACUACCCUGGCUGCCAGCGGCUCAAGCCCUUAAAGCGGUAGAGUGACCUGGGGAAGGCCUUGUGAAGCAGUCAGUGGAGGAGGAGACCCUAAUCAGAUUCAGGAGCUAGUGGAGCUGCAACGGGACUGUUUUUCCUGUUUAUCUGGGUACAUGUGAGGUGCUUGGGGAGAAAGGAUUUCAUCAGAGCACAGCUUUAUUUUCUGCAACAAAACACAACAGG